GCACAUCGAUUUCCUUUAGAUACAUCUCAUAAAAGAAAACUUUCGAUUCCUCCCAUGCUUCUUCCUUCGCCUCCUAGCAACGCUUGGAGACAGAUGGGUUUGUCUGCUGUAUCCGGUCGUCGGCGUGCCCACUGCGUCCAAAUGCAAGCUCUGAGGUCCGCAUCACGUUGGUCUUUGAAAACUAUGGAACACGAUAUUCAGAAUAUGAUUGUUCAAGCUCUCUAUGAUAGAAUUCUACGAGCUUACAGGGAGAAUAAACCAUUCCGAGUGUAUAUAAUCAUGCCCCUAUUACCAGGAUUUGAAGGUGAUGCGGGUUCUCGGGUGACUGGGGUUUCCAUAAACUACGAGCUGCUAUUCAUUAAACAAAGUCUCUUCCAUGGUCCAAGUGCACUUAUUCCUCGGCUCAGAACUAUCUUAGCACAACCGGAGAACUACAUCAGCGUUUGCGGUCUUCGCACCUACGAUACUUGGCCUGAUGGUCGACUGGCAACUGAGUUCAUUUACGUUCACUCAAAGUUGAUGAUCGUGGAUGAUCGUAAACUGAUCAUUGGAUCGGCCAAUAUCAAUGAUCGAAGCAUGCUUGGUUACCGUGAUAGUGAACUCGCUCUAGUGGCCGAAGACACUGCAGAGAGGUCACUUGUGUACUGGAAGGUAUUUGUCGGUGAAGUUGCUCGCCGAUUCCGCAAAUCUCUCAUGGCCGAGCACCUUGGAGUUUUGACAAAAGAAGCCCGAGAAGCGGCCGAUUGGAAUCACAAUCUCCUUGACGACCCUGUCUGUAAUGAGUUCUUCCAUAACGUUUGGUGCAAAUUCGCCGAGAGUAAUAUGAAGAUCUUCGAUGAUGUAUUCGCCAUGGUGCCAUCGAACAAUAUGGAAUCCUUUGAUAAAGUGGCCGAAAUACGCAGUGUAGAGCCAUUAUAUCGACGUGAUCCCAAGAAGGCCAAUGAGUUAAUCGCAGGUCUUCAUGGCCACUUGGUGAGAUUUCCUGAAGAUUUCCUUUGCAAAGAGGAUUUGACACCACCACAGCUAUCUAAAGAGAACGCUAUCGGUUCGAUAGUUUGGACUUGA